AUGGAUGUAUGGUCUAUGAGCUCAAAAAGAAUCCAGAAAUCAAGCCUACAUGAAGGUUCCUUUAAAGAUAUUCUAACAUUUUUAAUGGAUCACUUUUCUCCAUUGGAAAUCAUAGAAUUUGCUAUUAUUGCAAAAACCAUUUGGAGUAGGAGGAAUAAUUGGCUCUUUGAACAGCAAUUCCAAUCCCCUUAUCAGGUGUCAAUACUUAUCCAAACGGAACUGAGUUCUAUUAAAUUGUGGAUUGAGAAUGGUACUAAACAGAAAGUAACCCAAGCUGCUAGAGUUAACAGAUGGAUUGCUCCCCCAUUAGAUAUGUUCAAAGCCAACUGGGAUGCUGCCAUUGAUAAAAUCAAUUCAUGGGUGGGGAUUGGUGUAAUUGUUAGGAACUCAGAAGGAGCUGUUACGGCAUCCUUAUGUUCUUCGAUGGACCUGAUCCCGGAUCCACUUCUUGGUGAGGCCAUAGCAGCUCGAAGAGCCUCUUCCUUCUGUGCAGAUCUGGGUUUUCAGCAUGUAAUACUCGAAGGUGACUCCUUGUUGGUGGUGAAGGCAAUCCAAAACAAGGAAGAUAGUUGGAGUGAUUCUGGCCUUGUUAUUAGAGAUAUUAAGAUUCUGCUUUCUAAGUUCCUCUCUUGGUCUAUCUUACAUGUCCAUAGGGAAGUUAAUGUAAUUGCACAUCACUUGGCAAAAUUUGCUCUUAGCUGCCAAGAGGAUUGCAUAAUGAUUGAGGAUUGUCCCCCUUGUAUCAAGCAACUACUAUGA